UAUUGAAAAUGGUGGUAGUUGUAUCUGGUAUGGUUCGUUGUGGGCUGCUUUGGUUUUCUCUGCUCUGUUUGAUCCUGCAUUUGCAUCUUUUACUUGUUUGUUGGUCUGAUGCUUGUGUUGUUUUUUUUUUUUUAACGGGUUUAGCAGGUUUCUUGAACUUAAUCCAAGAAGCGUGUUUAUCGAGUGUAUUGAGCGAUUAAUCUCUCAUUGAGCCUAAGGAUCUCUUGCGAGAGAAAUUAGGCUCUAAGACAUGGAAUGGAAUGGCGGCAGUAAAUCAAGUGACAGUCUCGAAUGGAUUGGUGAAGAUGAAGAUGAAGUCAACUCUAACACUGUUCUGUUCUCUUCAGGUUCACAUUUUAGAACUCAUGCUGGUCAAGAAGCUUCUGCUAGCCAUAAGGAGGCAAGUACAUCUGCAGGUUCUAACUUCAGUUUGAUCUCUCAUUUUGUUGGAAUGGGCUUCUCUGAAAACAUGGUUGUCAAAGCUAUCAAGGAGAAUGAAGGAAACACAGAAGCUAUACUGGAAACUCUUCUGACAUACUCGGUGGUUGAAAAUUAUCCUCCUGAAUGUGAACUUAUACCAUCUGAUACCAAUUCUUCAGAAAGCAAAAUGGAUGAUCUUGACCAACUAUCAGAUAUCAGCAGCUGUCUUGGAGAUGAGGAAACCACAGAUCAUUUAUCUGACAGGGAGAAGAAAUUCCUGCAGUUAGUGGAUAUGGGCUUCCCAAUAGAUGAUGCUUCAUCAGCUUUGGAAAAAUGUGGUCCAGGUACCUCAAUUAUGGAACUAAUGGACUUUAUAUCUGCUGCACAAAUAGGAAAGAUACCCGAUCCUCAACGACAUCCAAUUUUGGAUGAAAAUGAGGCAGGGUCAGGUCAUUUCCACACUGCUCCUCCUCCAGACAAGAAGAGGAAGCUCUUUGAAGCAGAGGAGAGAUGGCAAAAAAAAGUUGAUUCAUGGAGGCGGCGGCAAAAAGAAUCAUAUAAAGAAAGAAAGAAAUCUUUGCUGCAUGAAGAUGAAGAGACUGUUUGUAUACCAAAAAAUAUGAUAGGUUUUGGAGUCCCAAAUACCCAAAUGACUGUGUUCAACAGGAAAAUUUCCUCAGAAGUCAUUGGGCCUCCUUACUUUUACUUUGAAAAUGUGGCCUUAACUCCUAAAGGUGUCUGGGAUACCAUUUCUCGUUUCUUAUAUGACAUUAAGCCUGAGUUUGUUGACUCGAUGCAUUUCUGUGCCGCCGCAAGAAAAAGAGGCUACAUUCACAAUCUUCCCAUUCAGAACAGAUUUCCUCUCCAACCUAUUCCACCACUCACAAUUCAGGAAACAUUUCCAUUGAGCAAGAAGUGGUGGCCUCCAUGGGACAAGAGAACUAAAUUAAACUGUUUAAACACUUGCACUGCCAGUGCAAAACUGACAGAAAGGAUAAAGAAGGCCCUUGAAAACUGGGAUGGGGAGCCACAUCCAAAGACCCAAAAAUACGUUCUUUAUGAAUGUAAAAAGUGGAAUUUAGUUUGGGUUGGCAAGAACAAAGCUGCCCCUCUUGAGCCAGAGGAGAUAGAAAUGCUCAUGGGAUACCCUAAGCACCAUACAAGAGGGGGUGGAACCAGUAGGACUGAGAGGUUUAAAUGUCUUGGAAAUGCAUUUCAGGUAGACACCGUUGCUUUCCAUCUCUCAGUGCUGAAGAAGAUGUUUCCAAAUGGUAUUUCAGUACUUUCUCUCUUCUCUGGUAUUGGGGGUGCCGAGGUAGCUUUGCAUCGUCUUGGAAUCCCUCUGAAGAACGUCGUGUCAGUGGAGAUUUCAGAAGUUAGCAGGAACAUUCUUCAUAGUUGGUGGGAGCAAACAAAUCAAAAAGGAAAUCUAAUCCAUGUUGGAGAUGUACAGAAGUUGACCCUUGAUAGGUUGGAGGAGCUCAUCAAAUCACUUGGUGGGUUUGACCUUAUAAUUGGUGGGAGCCCAUGUAACAAUCUUACUGGCAGCAAUAGGGUGAGCAGAGAUGGGCUUAAGGGUGAGCACUCUAUUUUGUUCUAUGAGUAUUUUCGCAUUAUAAAUGAUGUUAAGGUUUUGAUGGGUAAAGUUUAACGACUGGGCUUAUAGGAGCUAAAAAAAUAUUAAAGGGUUUUUUGUUAAUAGAUAUGUAAGGAUAUUUGUCUCUUAAAUAGAUUCCCAGUUGUAGACAAGUUUUUAUAGAAUGAUGUCUCUCUUAGUUUCUAAAUUUCUUCAAAUGUGGUUCCAACCCUGCUGAUGACAUUUAUAACUGUAAACAUGCAAUUUCAUUCAGGGUGAUGGCAAGCAUAUCUGGAAAUUAUUGGCUGCUUUGGAUUAUUAGAUAUGAGGUGCCAUUAAAUUCUUAA